GAUCAGACACGGCCGCAGCGAAAACAGAACGAUGAAGCUGGUUCAGAUCCACAUUGUGGCGCUGGUUUGCCUCUGUGCGGCAGCUGAGUAUUUUCCAGAGAAGCUUGUAAAGAAGUAUGCCAUGAAAAAGAUGGCCGAGAGCUGCUUCGGCGAGGAGGCGAUCAAGACCAACAAGAUGGAGGUGGCUGCCGCCACUGUCAAGUGCAUGGGCGACGAUGCGGCCGGCCGACCCGGGCUGAUGGCGCGCUUCGGCGGCAUCUUCGAGGUUCAGGGGUCUCGACGGAAGAGAUCUAACCAUAACGGCCUGAGGCCCGAGGGAUUACAGAAGAUCCAGGCCAAGAUCUCGAAUUUGAUGGGAAACAUCACUUGUGUGCUUAAGGAGAUGAACAUGCUGGACGCUGAGAACCAGAUUGACCUGGCCUCAAUGAAGGAGCGUGUCACCGGCAUGAACCUGGCGAAGGGCCUGACGGAGGACCUGAUGGAGGGCCUCGAGGAGUGCAACGACUUCGCCAACUGCCUGCCCAGCUCGGUGGUUGAUAAGUCACCGAUCACUGCGGAAUUCGGCAGGCAGAUGGCCUUCUUCAAGUGCCUUAAGAGAGCCAAGGCGAAGUCUUGCAUGAAGCAGGACUUCCGGGAAGAGCACCUGCCGAUGCUGAUGAAGGCGGACCUCGAUAUUGACGUGGAUGAGACCUUCCAGACAGUGAUGAUGUCGUUCAUGGUGGGCCGUAGUCCGUUCUAGCGGCGUGUAAAGGAACGGCUAAAAGACCACCUCUUGGCUUGGCGUUGAACCGGCUUUUACGACAUGCUAGCUUUAAGCAGACGUACGCACUCGGCAUUGGGCUCUUGGUUGGGCCGUUUUGGGGUUGGCUACUGCAUCACUGCGUGGUGUUGGUGAUGAACUGAAACAUGGAUGUCUUGAAUAAAAUUGCAGCAUUGCG